ACGGUAAUUGUACGGCGUUUAGUGAACUUCAUACGGGCACUUUACACGCCACUUCCGCAGGAAUUUUGUUGUUUUACAAAAAAUCUUUAACAUUAUUUUGCUCAAUUUAUCAAAAUGGGAAGAAAAAAGAAGAAGCAGUUAAAGCCUUGGUGUUGGUAUUGUAACAGAGAAUUUGAUGAUGAAAAGAUUUUAAUACAGCAUCAGAAAGCAAAACAUUUUAAAUGUCAUAUUUGUCAUAAGAAACUUUACACCGGUCCAGGAUUAUCUAUACAUUGUAUGCAGGUUCAUAAAGAAAAGGUAGACAAAGUACCUAAUUCAGUACCAGGUAGACACAAUAUAGAAAUAGAAAUAUAUGGCAUGGAAGGUAUCCCAGAUGAUGAUUUGAGAGAACAUGAGAGACAAAAACAUAACAAAGCAGCAGCAGCCAAAGAUGGAGGUGAUGAUAGUGAUGAGGACUCUAACCAGGGACCUAAGCCUCCUGUGCCAGCGGCUAAUGGAAUACCAGCACCCCCAGUACCAGCAUCUGCACCUAUGCCAUUCAUGGGUGGAAUGCCACCUAUACCUCCACCAAUGGGCAUGGCUCCUAUGGGUAUGAGACCUGGGAUGGGACCUAUGGGGCCAAUGGGACCUAUGAUGGGUCCUGGUAUGGGUCCAAUGCCACCUAGACCUUACAUGCCGGGAAUGCCUGGUGCUGCAGUGCCACCAAUGUCGGCAUCCCAGAUGUCAGCCCCCUCUAAACCUUUAUUUCCUUCAGCAGCUGCAUCAUCCUCACCUUCCUCAUCAGCUACGACGGCUGGUCCGCCAAAGCCAACAUUCCCCUCGGCUGCUACCAUCACAUCGUCACCGUCAACAUCAAACAGUGCAACCAUUACAGGAGCACCACAGAUAAAGAAACCAGAAUCUAGUUCAGGUUUGACAUCUAAAUUGAUGCACCCUGAUGAGGAUAUCUCUCUGGAGGAGAAAAGAUUGUCUAUGUCCAAGUAUGCACAUUUUGCAACUAAAGGUUUCACACCUUUACCUCAAAGCAUGGCUGCUCCAACUUCGACUAUGGGCAUGCCUCCUGUCUCGGCAAUGGGCAUGGCACCAAAUCCAGCUAUGGGUAUGGCUCCUAAUAACAUGGGAAUGGGUAUGGGUCCAGGUGCACCAGGCAUGAGACCACCAAUGCCACCACAAGCCAUGAUGGGUAUGCCAAAUCAGGGAAUGUACAAUAUGGGUUACCAAGGAAACCGGCCUCCAAUGUACCCAGGACGUUAUUGAAAAAAGAUUUAUUUUAUUGUCAUGGAAUAACUGGAAUUGAGUGGAAUAAUCAAGCGACAAUGAAAUGCUGUGAGAUUUCCAUCAGUUAAGUGCAUAGUGCAAUGUGUAAAAAAUUUAAAUCUUGUGUAAUGCUGUUUGAAAAUUCAAAACAGAAUUUCAAUAUAGAUGUUGGUCAAUUCUUGUGUAAAAGUUUUAAAAAGGUAAGCCUGUUAAAUUGAAUGGAGAAGAGUUUUUAAUUAUCUUGUGCUUGUGAAAAAGUCUGCGGUAAGUGCAGAGAAUAAAUAUUUUACUUUUUGUUUGAAAUAUUUGAUGAUGUAUAUAGUAUUUGUAAAUAAUGAACAGAUCUUUCAGCAGUUGAAAGGUAUGUAAAGUGUGAUUGUGUUUUAAAUCAAUUUAUUAGACAUGAUUGUGUACUGCGUUAUUUGUGGAAGUUUUACUUGAAAUAUAUGUAUUAUAGGUGUUGUGAUUAAAAAAGGAUCUAUUACCACAUAUAUAAUUUAAAUAAGAGAUUUUUAAACACCUCUUCAAAAGAAAAAGCAAUUGCAUAAUAGUAUCACUUAAAAAAGAACUAUUACCACAGAUAAAAUUUAAAUAAGAGAUUUUUAAACACCUUCAAAAUAAAAAGCAAUUGGAUAAUAGUAUCACUUAAAAAGGAACAUUUCAGAAAAUACAGGGUUACUUUAAAAGUUGAAAACUAAUUGCAGAAGUUUUUUCUUAAUGAAUAUUAGGCAUUUGUUUUGGUUAGUGCUAAAUAUUGAGGAAAUCGGCAGCAGAACCAAGGCAAGUCAUGUCACAGUUACAUUUUUAUGUUACUGUUGGACCUUUCAGAGAUGCUAGUAUGUGGUUCCUGUUGUAACUCUUAAUUUAGACUUUGUAAAAACAACAACAUAUUACAAUUUAAAUGCCAUAUUCAUUAAUUUAUGACUGAAUGAGAAAUCAAUAUGCAUCAACAACCUUGAUGACCUAUUGCUUAUCAUACAUGAUUUUCAUGAGGACAAUUAAGCUCAAUAAAUAUUAGCAUUUCUGGUAUAUGGUCCCCAACAAUAGUUGGUGACUUGUUUUUGUAAAGUCUUUAGCUGAUAUUAUAAAAUGUACAUGUUCUUGGUAGAAGACUGCAGGGGAAACACCAGAACUGAAAGGCAAGUCGUCACAGCAGGUACAUAUACCUGCUGUUGGGCUUCACUGGCCCCCAACAAUACGUUGGUGACUUGUUCUUUAUAUUACAAUAUUAGAUAAAUUUUAAAUGCAACAUUGUCAUGUAGAAUUGUUCUCUUGUUAGACAAUCCUGAAAAAAAAGCAGGCAAGUUGUCACAGCAAUUUGCUGUUGGGCCUUUUUGCCCCCAACAUGAUAUAUGUAUUAUGUUGGUGACUAAAUUUUUAUUGACUUUCUUUAAUAUAAAAAAUGAAUAGUUAUUUCUUUUUUCUAGACAUUAUCAAUUUUUGGUUAAGAUCUAUUCUGAAUGCCAAACAAAAAGUAGAUAAAGUUAAGUAAUGGCAUAAAAUUGUAAUGAAGGAAGAAUUAUGUGUAAAUUAAUAGUUAUAUUUAUAUUGAAAAUACAGUUGCCUUUCAUUUAACCUAUUGGAUAGCAUGCAUCAGGGUGCUUUGUUUUCUUUUAACAGUGAAAUUUCAAAGAUGAAGUAGUCUACAGUUAAGAUAAAUGGUAGGUGAAAAAAGUUCUUCAGAUUUUAAUUAACACUUGCAUGCUCAUUUGAUAGGGAGAAUAUGAGAAAAAAUGCUUUAUCUUAAUAUAUUGUAUGACCAGCUCAUUUGGAAGAUCUUGACUGGUCAUAGUUGGGUUCUUCUUCAGUUUAAUUAACAAAAUCAGAAAUGAAUUGAAUUAAUUCUUUGUUAUUUUCCAUUUGCUUUGACUCUUUGCAAAAAGAAGUAGAGCUUGUUACAGAAUGUUCUUUCAAAGGAACAAAAUCCUAAUGCUUUGUCAUUUACAAAGUAAAACAGAAGUUAUUUCUUUAGAUUAGCCAGAACUUAGAUGUAUAAAAGUGGUCACAAUUUCCUGAAGAUUUUUCAUACUUAUUUGCAAUAUGCAGUUUUAAUAAAAUGAAAAAGCAUUAAACUUAAUGGAUAAAAUCUGUUCAUAGAAAUAAGGUGCUACAACAUGAAAAAUCUGAAGGAGUUGUUGGGUGUAAGACCCCCAACAUUUAGUUGGCGACUGCACAAUAAUUAACAGUUUCUUUUAAAAUUAUUAUCACCUAUUUAAUAUUUUACUUUUAUCAGAUAUUCAAGGCUAAACUGUAUUUUCUUAAGUUUAGCUAAUCAGUGUGACUGUUUUUAAUAUGGUAAAGAAAAUAGCCAAGAAAUAAACCAUUGACAAGGAAUGUGCUUUUUAAAGCACUUCAGCUAAUAUAUUUUCCUGACGACAUGACAAUAUUGUGAAAUUGAAGACUAUAUGAAAAUGAUGCAUGUUAACAGUUAACACCAGGUUACGUUUGUAGAAACUGGUUUUAGCCUGAUGUUAUAAUAUGAUUUUUUCAAAAUCAAGUGCUAAACAACUCAACUCAGGGUUACUGAACUUGACAGAGAGGAAGCUUUACAAGGUAGCAAUACAUGUAACAUUAUCAAUGGACAUGUUUUAGACUCCUUAUUUUAAUGUCUUUUUUUUUUGACAGUUACCAGGUAUACUUAAGGUAAUGGUAAAAAUAAGUUCACAUUGAUAAUUGGUAAUGAAAUUAAAGGUAAAGCAGCACUAAUUGAAUUAUUGGUUGAAAUAUUUUAUAUGGAUAAUAAAUUAAAAUGAUGAAUGUGUAAAUUAUUUGUGUUUUCACUAAAAUGGUCAGAAAAUCAGAGAACAAUAAAAUAAAUAUUGGUGUAAAUGUGGUUUAUGUGAAAGUUUGUGUUAUUUUUCAGCAACAGCAUAUUUCUACAUCAUACAUAAUGUAAUAAAAUUAGCAUUGUAAACUUUG